AUGUGGCCGUGUGUGUGGCCGUGUGACUGUGUGGCCGUGUGGCCGUGUGGCCAUGUGGCCGUGUGGCCGUGUGGCCAUGUGGCCGUGUGGCCGUGUGGCCGUGUGGCGGUGUGGCGGUGUGGCCGUGUGGCCAUGUGGCCGUGUGGCCAUGUGGCCGUGUGGCCGUGUGGCAGUGUGGCGGUGUGGCGAUGUGGCCGUGUGGCGGUGUGGCCGUGUGGCCGUGUGGCCGUGUGGCGGUGUGGUGGUGUGGCCAUGUGGCCGUGUGGCGGUGUGGCCGUGUGGCCGUGUGGCGGUGUGGCCGUGUGGACGUGUGGACGUGUGGACGUGUGGCGGUGUGGCCGUGUGGCCGUGUGGCCAUGUGGCCGUGUGGCCGUGUGGCCCAGCUGA